AUGGCCAUGAUUACCUCCUCUUCAAGUGUUCCACACCAUCAUCAUGCUUCACUUUCCCGAAUUCACAUUCACCCCUUGGUUUCUCAAUUCUAUUUACAAGAAGACUUCCCUUUCGAGACCACACCAGCAAGAUCCUCGUCCAACACAUCCAAUCUGCUUUCCAUAAUUCCAUCCUUUGCAGUCAAUGUCUCUUCUCUCGUCAAUUCCUUCAUCUUUAUCAUUGCUUUUGUGUUGUUUUUUGCAGUUGUCAUUGGAAUGUUUCUUGUUGCAAAAUCAUCGUCUCCGUCGUACGUCAUGAAACGAUCCAUUCAACGUAACCAAAAGAUUCUUCUGUUCUUGACAUGUACUAUGGUUUUCAUUCAAAUUUGUGGAUUAAUGAUUCGAGUUCUGUACAAUGGAUUUUCACUGGGUUAUAAUUUGCAACAUCGAGAGGUGGUAUUUGAUGAAUAUUUUGUGGUGACACAAGUGUUUGGAAUGAUUGAGAACUUCUUGAUUGAAGUACAGACGGUGACUAUAUUCAUCAUCAUGUGCUUCAUUCAAAAUGUGUUCUUAAAAACAGCUUACAGAGCAGGAACCAUGAAAAAGAGAGUAUUCAUCAUCCUCGUCUACCUCUCGAAUAUUUCAACCUUUCUCUUUUCCUUUAUCACACUUUCCAUCGUCAUUGCCAUUGCUGCGACCAAUCUUCUUGUGAAACUCAGUGUUCUCGUUACGGAUCAAAUUCCUCUCUAUGCGACAGCUCUUCUCAUCUAUCUAAUUCUCGUAUCCAUGCAAUCGAUUCUAUUUGUAUAUUUCGGAAUUAGAGUCAUGCGAACCAUUCGUCAACGAUCUCUCAAUUUGAAACAAGAAACGAAUAGAAAUGCAUUCAUUAAUGCCAUUCAAAAACCAUUCAUCAAAGUGUUGAUAUUGACCAUGUCCAUGUGCUUGUCAACAUUCAUUCAAAUUUUGUCAGCAAUUGCUUCCGUGUUGUCUUCAUCCUUCUCAGGUGACACUAUAACCAUUUCAUACUUUUUGAACUCGUUUGGAAUUUUGUUGUUUGCAGUUUGUGUCGUGAUGUUGUACAAUCCAUUGUUUGCUCAAGACAAGUUCAAUAUGGACAUGUACGCAGAACAGGAACGGGAUCGACAAUUAGUAGAGAAAGGUCUUGGGAGCCAAAUGUCGUCUCCCAGAAUAAGAAGUAUUGCAUAUGAAAAGUCCAUGAGUGUCAGUGCAUUGUCAUUGAACUCUGACAGUAAUGUUGAAAAUACUCCAAGAUCAUCUCAACAAAAUGGAGAGGGUGGCAGUGGUCGAGAAUUUGAUGAUGCCAAGAGUGAAGUCAGUAAUAUAUAG